GCGCCCAACGCCCCCCGCCCGCCUCGGCAAGCAAAGCAGGCAGGCUGCACCGCGCCCGCCACCGCACCGCACGGGAAGGAAAAUCCAAUCAUGUCCCCGUCGUCCGCCGCGAGAAAAAUACGCGAGUAAAUGCCGCGCAGGUGAAGCAGCGCCCGCGCUUAUUCCGGCGCAGCACGCGACACGCGGCCGCCGCCCCCGCCCCCGCCUCCGCCUCCACCCCGUCGCCCACGCGCCCUCCACCGCCGCUGACGACGCUGAAGUGGAGUACUAGCCGAGUAACCGAGUAGGAGCAGGUAGCAAAGCAGCAGGCAGAGACAGAGGCAUCGGAAGCCAUGAGCCUGCACGCCGAGCGCGGCGGGGCGCACGAGGAUCUGAGCUGGAGCACCCUCGGGAAGCGGGCGGCGCCCCUUGACGUGAUAGUCGGCGAUCGAGGAGGGGGAGUGGGGAUGAGGAGGGCGCAGCAGCAGGGAGGACCGGCGGGGGCGGUGCGCGUGGAUGAGGCGUCGUCCGCGUCCACCUUCCGCGAGCUCGACGACGCCUUCCUGCAGAAACAAACAAAAAUCUGGCUUGGCGAAGUUCUUCAUCUUAGGUUUGAUGAAGACGUUUUAGUUGCUGACCUUCUUGCUGAUGGAGAAUUACUGUUUCAAGUUUCCAAAGUACUAUGGAAAAGGUUACUGAAAAAGAACAGAGAGCAACUGAAGCAAUCAAAAGUGUAUAUUUAUGAGAAACUAUCCUUUGGCAGGAGCAAUGGAAAGUACAUGCCCUAUUCGAAAGUUGACUCUUUUCUAAAGAUAUGUCAAAUCCUUGGGUUAGCUGGAAUUGAUCUGUUUACCCCUUCUGAUGUGGUUGAAAAAAGAAAUGUUCGGAAAGUCUGUAUAUGCAUCCGAUCAGUAUCUAAAAAGUCUCACAUGAUGCGCCUAAAUGUCCCUGAUUUUGAUAUAGUCACCUACACAAUAUCCAUGCCCAACUAUAUUGUUGGAGGUAUCUGUAGAAGUCUGGAGCAGCCACAAUACAGUUCUUCCGGUUCAAGUGGAUACAGUCCACGUGACAGUUCCAAAGCAUUGCAGCAGCAGAUAAUAUUUGAUGGACAGAACGACGAGCACGGGGACACAAAUUAUGACUCUGAUGAAGCAGAAAGUAGACUAUCUGUUCUAGAACCUGAGGACUCAGUUGACGAAGAUAAUUUUGCAGCUGUGCUUUCGCAAUUAAGCAAUGCCCCUAACCCUAAGGAAGAAAGUGAAGGCUAUGGUGAAAGUGGUCAUGGUAUGCAUGAAGAAAAAUCUCUUGCUGAAUCAGUGGGAUCACUGAACUUUGUUGUGGAUUCGGAGUCCGUGGAUUCAACUCCACAAAAUCAUGAUAAAGAAUCUUAUUCUACUCAUUCUGCAACUGAUCAAUGUUCAAGAACGAGAACGGCUAAAUGCUCUUUAAGUUCAGAAGAGUCCGAUUCCAUAAGCAGUCAUUUGGCGUUUGAAAUUGACAAGAAUGAUCCAGAGUUGAAUGCUCAUCCUGUUGAAGAUUCAGAAAGGAUUUAUGAUGGACAAGUCAAGUCUCUAGAUCAUUCUAUUCAGGGAAAUGGGGAAACAUUAGCUGAUCAUCCAAAAAAAGAGGGCGAAUGCAUCCAAAAGGACACUGGCACCAUGAAUCUACAUUGUGACGCCCUUGCCUGUGAUAGGGAGUCAGUGUGUUCAAGUUGCGAGGAAUCGAGACAUGGGUUAAAUGGGGAGCCAUCAGACUUGAGUUCCGAAUCACACUCAGGGCUGAACCCAACACACACUACGGGUGGCAAAUUGCCAAUGGUUUCUGAAGAUCCGGUGAAUAAUAUAGAGCCAAGUAUGAUUGGGAUGACAAAUGAUAGCACGAGUGAAGAGCUGAAUCCUGAAUUCAGCGAUACGAAUCAAAUGGAAGGUUCCCAAUCUGUUGAUAAACCUGUGGAAUCAGAAGAUAUAGCUCAGGAUAGCAUCACUCCUGAGAAUAAUAUAGAGCCAAGUAUGAUUGGGAUGACAAAUGAUAGCACAAGUGAAGAGCUGAAUCCUGAAUUCAGCGAUACGAGUCAAAUGGAAGGUUCCCAAUCUGUUGAUAAACCCGUGGAAUCAGAAAAUAUAGCUCAGGAUAGCAUCGCUGCUCAGAGGUCUGAAGAUGACGCUCCCAAAUCAGGGAAAGGGGUGCUGAAAUCAGUUGCCGGAGGAAUUACCCUUGUUGGUGCAGUGUUCUUCAUGGUCCAUCUCAGGAGAAGCAAGGAGAGAAGCUUCACGAGAGUUAUGCCAUCACUUUCAGAAAAAUCAAUUCAGAGCGACUCAAGAAGGGCUAAGAACAUGGACAACGAAAAGGUUUCUGAUGUGUAUCCUGGUGCACGGCUGAAGGUGUAAAAAGAUGGGUGUGGGACCCGCAUUCUGCCUGAAAAGCCAGAGCUAGAAGAAAGUUCAGAUUCCCGGUAAAAGCAGCUCUCAUGGAGCGACUCCAGUAGAAUGUAGCCUAAACUCACAGCAGCUUCGAGCUAACUGAAUCUGGAAACUUUUUGUCAAGGCACCUCUCACCUGUUAAUUUGAUAUCCUGUCCUCUUCAUGUACAGAACGAUAUAGCCAUAUAUAUGGGUGAUCAGCUACAAUCUAGCUAUAACCUGAUAAUUUUUGUGCAAUUGUAUAGGGGUUGCUUGAGAGUUGAGAUCUUUCAA